AUGGCUGACGGCAUCGGAAUCGCAAACUUGCCCAACCAACGGCACAAAAUCACCAGCCAGCAUGGUGCCCACUUUACCAUCAUGGUCGUUGGCCAAUCUGGACUGGGAAAGACUACCCUCAUCAACACUCUUUUCGCUACAGAAAUCUGUUCCCCCAGAAACUACCGUCAAAGAUUCGCCAAGCAAAUGGACAAGACUACCGAAGUCGAGAUUCUCAAAGCCGACUUGGAAGAGCGUGGAUUCAACAUCAAACUGACAGUGAUCGAUACUCCCGGCUUUGGCGACUAUGUCAACAACCGUGACUCUUGGUCCCCCAUCGUCGACUUUAUCGAUGACCAGCACGAGUCUUACAUGAGGCAGGAGCAGCAGCCUCACCGAAAGGAAAAGCAGGAUCUCCGAAUCCACGCGUGUUUGUACUUUAUCAAGCCUACUGGUACCACUUUGAAGCCGCUGGAUGUCGAGAUUAUGAAAAAGCUCGGUACGAGGGUCAACCUCAUCCCCGUCAUUGCCAAAGCCGACACGAUGACCCCCGAAGACCUGCUCAAUUUCAAGCAAAUCGUUCGCGAGACGGUUGCUGCUCAGAACAUCUCCAUCUACAGUCCUCCGUCUGACCCCGAGGAUGAGGCUGCUGCCGAGCAUGCGCGUGCGAUGCAGGCUGUGAUGCCGUUCUCCAUUAUUGGGAGUACGACUGAUGUGACUACGCCUGAUGGUCGAGUCGUCAAGGGACGAGAGUACCUCUGGGGUGUUGCCGAAGUCGAGAACGAGGAGCACUGUGAUUUCAAGAAACUGCGAUCCCUCCUCAUCCGCACAUACAUGCUCGACCUCACCACCUCUACCGAAGAGAAGCACUACGAAGCCUACCGCCUCGCGCAAAUGGAGACCCGCAAGUUUGGCGAGCCCAAGGUCAAGAAGCUUGACAACCCCAAGUACAGGGAGGAAGAGGAGCUGCUGCGCAAGAGGUUUACCGAGCAGGUCAAGUUGGAAGAGUCCAGGUUCAGGCAGUGGGAGCAGCAUCUCAUUGCGGAGAGGGACCGUCUCAACAAGGAUCUCGAGCAGGCGCACAGCUCUAUCAAGUCUCUCGAGGCCGAGCUCGACCAGAUCGCUGCCUACCACCGUCAAGGAGGUACCGUGGGACGCCGUUAA